AUGGCUCAGAUCGGCCUGUUCGGCCAGUACAGCGCCCUCUGCUGUCACCUGCAGGUACAGCGCCCUCUGCUGUCACCUGCGGGUACAGCGCCCUCUGCUGUCACCUGCGGGUACAGCGCCCCUCUGCUGUCACCUGCGGGUACAGCGCCCUCUGCUGUCACCUGCGGGUACAGCGCCCUCUGCUGUCACCUGCGGGUACAGCGCCCUCUGCUGUCACCUGCGGGUACAGCGCCCUCUGCUGUCACCUGCGGGUACAGCGCCCUCUGCUGUCACCUGCGGGUACAGCGCCCUCUGCUGUCACCUGCGGGUACAGCGCCCUCUGCUGUCACCUGCAGGUACAGCGCCCUCUGCUGUCACCUGGGUACAGCGCCCUCUGCUGUCACCUGCGGGUACAGCGCCCUCUGCUGUCACCUGCGGGUACAGCGCCCUCUGCUGUCACCUGCGGGUACAGCGCCCUCUGCUGUCACCUGCGGGUACAGCGCCCUCUGCUGUCACCUGCGGGUACAGCGCCCUCUGCUGUCACCUGCGGGUACAGCGCCCUCUGCUGUCACCUGCGGGUACAGCGCCCUCUGCUGUCACCUGCGGGUACAGCGCCCUCUGCUGUUACCUGCGGGUACAGCGCCCUCUGCUGUUACCUGCUGGUACAGCGCCCUCUGCUGUCACCUGCGGGGUCUUUUUGAGCCGGACCCCCGUAUGCAUGGUUUUUACCCCCACUCUGCUGCUGCGGCUUGUGUCUCCAGCCCUGAUCAUGUGACUGAGCUGCAGAGCCAGGAGAGGAAGCACCGCAGAGGAAAGGAAACGAGGAGAUGA